AUGGAAUCUUCCGACCUUCAGGCCUUGAAAGACAGGAUCGCACACCUCGAGACGUUAUUGACGAAACAAGCGACUCACGGAAGCAAUGGGGGGUCGAUAUCUAAUACUACUCCGGCCUUGAGCCCCGAUACACCCGUAUCCUCGAGCUCUCGUAGUGAGCCUGCGACACCCUCAACAGUUUCUUCCGAGAAUAGGGACAAGUCUUGCUUACCGAAAACGAAACCAAGCGGCGGUGGGUUCGGAGUCUGGGAGAUUACGUGGCAACCACAGCAUAUGAACUACCUGCCUAGCCUCCUCAAGGAUGAGCUACCUCCGGUCAAGUUCUUUCCUAAAGAGGAUGCCCUUCAGUAUUUGGCAUCGUUCGUUCGAGCUACAUUCUUGCGGAAGCGUUAUGCAUAUCUCGAUGAGCUGAUGGAGACCUUCAAUCAUAUUUACUCAACACAGGCGGGCAUACCCACCGUUCCGGCCACAGCUUUGACGUUGGGAUUGUAUUUAGCGCUUUUGUCUGGGAUGUACCCGGAUAGCUUUAAGGCCUUUUCGGCAUACCUUCUUGUAAAACCGACUUUAAGAUUGUUAUGGUCGCAACUGUCGCUUGAGACUUUGGAUACUAUUUUGAUGGAGGUUUCGUUUUUGACGACAACGGGAAGAUUGGAUGAAGGUUACCUUUGUACAGGUGCUGCUGCUCGGGUUGCUCAAGCCCUAGGGCUUCAUGUUUCUAACUCUGCUAUCUUUCAAAAUCUCGACGAGACUGGGCUAGAGAGGGCCAGAAUGAUAUGGUGGGAAGUAUAUUGCUACGACCGGUGGUAUUCCCUAGCGACAGGUCGCCCCUUAGCCAUCAGGGACAAAGAUUGCAAUACUCCUUGGCCUGCUUUCACAUACAAACCGAAGAGCGUAAAGCCUCCUCGUUGGCAAGCUGAUUUAUGGAAGGCAAAGAUCAGAUUGGCUGAGAUAACUGGCAAGAUCACCUCGAAGCUUCAGAAGCCUGCUCAGAAAGAUCUCCCGUCAUUCUAUGCUGCGACAAGUCGAAACCCUUUUCGCCCUCCACCAGAACACAUUGGUUCCAAAUUAAACGAAGAGCUCAACAACCUAGCAAAAGAUCUCCCCCCAGAUCUUGCGGACCCUGUUGCACAUGCGCCGGCUUUGUACCUUGCUCUCAAAUUCCAAAGCGCAAAAAUGAUGUUGUUCAGGAGCUUUCUUCACCACCAAGAUGCUACAAUUCGCUUACAGGCCCAAGAGGAGGUUUUUACGUCUGCUCUAACAGUUACUCGCUUGUGCUAUGAGGGCCAGGAAGCCCUUAAGCAAUUGACCUGUGGGACUAUCUCCAUGAUUCUUUUGACUUGUGCUGUUGCACUUGCUAGCUACUCGAGGGCACAUAAAGGUAAAGAAUCGGCCAGGGCUAUCGAAGCAAAGGAAGCCUUCGAUACCUUGAAAGCUAGCCUGCGUUGUCUCGACCGGGACGAUGUGACCGGGCCUAUUAACAGUUUACAUAUGAAGAACAGUGAAGCGAUGAGGAAGCUUCAAGCGUUCCUGGAUCCUACGAGUGUUACUCCGAAACCUACCUCGCCAGCUGGCCAGAAAUCACCAAACAUGGCUAGUUCUUUAUUCCCGACAGAUACGAACACAAGCAUGCAAAUGGACACCACAUAUGAUACUAGCGGAUACGGCGCUUCUACUGGGGCUGACGCUUCUCCCGAAAGCUUGAAUUCAAUGCCUCCUCCUCAAUCUACGCCGGGUUCGAUGAAUAGCUAUUACCUUGGUGAUACGGCUUAUAAACCGACUACGAACAACCUCUCCUCCUGCCAACCAUCAACGAUGGGGCAGAACAUGACUUCGGAUAUGGAUUAUGACUUCUACAACCCAGAAAACUAUAACCCUGAGCUAGAGUUUGGGCACAUAGUGGAUCCGUUCUCUGAGGCUUUCUUUGCAGAAUUGAUGAGUAUGAGUGAACAAAAUAUGUCGCCAGAAGACUGGAGUCGAUUGUUAGCAUAA